UAGCGGAAAUUCUUGAAAAGAAAACUCUGUUUACAUUUUUUCCAUGGUGCUUGUUUUUGCAAUAAAAAGACAUUUUCCUGAACAAUGGAAGUUUUCCAGACAGCCAAGCACUAUAUUUUCGUGAGGAAGGACCGCAGUCUUUGGUGGAAUCGUUCGACGGGUGAAUUUAGGGCUGAAAAUGGGUGUGACCUCUCGGGGGUGGAUGAUAUUGAAUGUCUGGGAUUAACGCCUGGUAUUGUGGGGGCUCUGAACCUCCCUGGAGUCCUUGAGCCCCAUUUGAUGGUUAUAAAGGAAGCCAUUCCAAUGGGAGUGAUUUAUCCACCGCACAUUGUGUACAAAAUAAAAUCAGUGUUGAUGCUGAAUUCUGAAGAUCCGGAAGCAAUUCUUUCCCCAUGUCCACGACAUAGCACAGCUAAAACUGAACUUCCACGCUCAAAUGUCCUCCUGGAGAGCUCUCAACUCAUGAAUAAGACCUGGGGUGUCAUGAAGAGUGCUAGCAAUACCAUAAAGAGUUCAACGCAGCAUGCCGCACUUCUUGCCUCAACUCAAGUUAAAUCCUCCGUAGGAAUUCGAGAUGCUGGGAGGAUUGAAAAGAAAGUAACAGAGGAACUCCACAGGAUGUUUGAUGACUCUGAUAGCUUCUACUUCUGCACAGAAGCGGAUAUCACGCAGAGUCUUCAACGACGAGGAUGUGAUACAGAUGGGGAGAGAUUCUUCUGGAAUAAGCACAUGCUUUCUGAUAUUCUCAAACUCACUGAUAAAUCUUGGACCUUGCCAAUAAUCCAGGGAUUUGUUCAAGUGGAGCAUUGUGUUGUGGACAAGGAGUGUUUGACGCUCACACUCAUCUCGAGGAGAUCACGUUUUCGUGCUGGGACACGAUACAAACGCCGUGGAGUCGAUGAGCAGGGUCACUGUGCGAAUUACGUGGAGACAGAACAAAUUCUCACCUUUGGUCCUCAUCAGAUGUCUUUUGUUCAAAUUCGUGGAUCUGUUCCCAUCUUCUGGACACAGCCUGGCUUCAAGUAUCGUCCUCCACCUCGAAUAAAUCGGGAUUUCUCUGAGACACAAACUGCAUUUGAGAAACAUUUUACACGAGAAUUGGAAAUCUAUCGAUCCAUUUGUGUGGUAAAUCUCAUUGAUCAGGCGGGGAAGGAAAAAAUAGUCGGGGACGCCUAUGCACGUCACAUAAUGAAGUUUAAUAAUGAAAAUGUAUCAUACGCAGUAUUUGAUUUUCACAAUUUUUGCCGCGGAAUGCGCUAUGAGAACGUGACAAUUCUCACAGAUGCCCUGACAAAUGAGAUUGUUUCAAUGGGAUUCCAUUGGCGUGAUGCCAAGGGAUCAAUUUGUGAUCAAAAAGCAAUAUUUCGUGUCAAUUGCAUGGAUUGCCUUGACCGCACUAAUGUUGUGCAGACGGCCCUUGCCAAGGUGGCACUGGAGGCGCAGCUUAUCAAGCUUGGUAUCGUCUCUCCGUGCACCGCUCUUCCUGACCGUCUAAGGGAGUCCUUCAUGGUGCUAUGGGCGAACAAUGGGGACAUUAUUAGUCGCCAAUAUGCUGGAACUAAUGCCCUUAAGGGGGAUUUCACGCGAACAGGUGAAAGGAAGUUCGCAGGAAUAAUGAGAGAUGGAAUGAAUUCUGCAAACAGGUACUAUUUAGCUCAAUUUAGGGACACUUACCGCCAGGCAACAAUUGACUUGAUGUUGGGCAAUCAGAUUUCCGAUGAGUUGCUGAAGACUCUAGGCGGACAACCGGGAAUAGAUGAAAAUGAUGCCAUUGAAGCUGCUGAACAUGCACGUCUUCUCGUCGAGGAUUGUCGCUUGAUAAUGUUGGGUUCAUCUCAGUGUCCAAUUGGUGCGUGGGGACUGAUCAAUGCAGAUCCUCGCACGGGGGAUCCGAAUGAAACGGAAUUGGAUACAAUCCUCCUACUAGCAGAUGAUUGCUUCCUGGUAGCUGAGUAUGAUUCCCACAUGGAUAAAAUUGUUCAAUUUGACAAAGUCUCCCUGAAUGAGAUUGAAAUGAUUGAAUGUGGAAUGUUGCAGCAAACAAAGCUUUUCCAGGGAAGUGUUACAGCGCAUCCGUGCAUUAGAAUUAAUUGCGUGAAGGGAGGGAAGAAGGAUUUCUUCAUGUUUCGCUCCUCAAAUAUAAGAUUCUUCAAUAAUACAGCGAGUAUUAUAAAGACAAAUGAGGAGAUGUCGGAAUCUCUCAAUGCCAUUGUUGAAUUCUUCCGGAUUGCCCUGGAGAAUUGUGGUCGUUCAGAUGUGCCAUUUAUCUUGGGUGGGGUUCUGCAGAGGCGCAAGAGUAGGACAACGGUACUAGAUGUCCCCAAAGGUGUUCCGAGGAAUCUCAGUGAAUCCCAAUUGGUGCAGUUUGGCUCAAAGGCAUUGAGCAAUGUUGCUGGGCAAUUCUCCAAGUUGGGUCAAACCCUGAACUCCUCCGCAAAAGGCAAGAGUAAGAGUGCAAAAACAACAGCAGUUUUCCACACAACUGCCAAGGGAGGUGCCAAGGAGAAAUGUCAAAUUCAAGGUGGUGAAACAAGCUCGGAAUCCGAUGAGAAUGACUGUAGUAUCUAUGAGCCGGAUGUGAAUGAAUUUGUCCAGACAAACCCACUCUACUCUGAAAAUGUUUUUCUCCCAAGUGUGGGUAUUGUGAUGUCUGAACCAACAAACAUUGAGCAAGCCGCAGAAUGUGUUGAGACGGCAAAGGAUAUUCCGACGAUAAAUGUGAAUGCUUCCAAAGAUGAUUCAACAGAACAAACAUUAGCCAGUGAUAAAGUGAAUGCAAUGAAAUUGAGCCAAAGUUCCAGUGAAAUUGGUGCUGCUGCCACAACUGAUGGCGUCCCAAAGUCCCAAAAGGAUCUCUCGCUGAAUUUGAGUGGGUCACACAGUGAGACAACUCUGAAGCAACUUAAAACAUUAACAAGUCCACUUUCAAAGUUGGCAAAGGGAAUGCAGAAUCUUGGCAUGGCUUUCGACCCACGCAAGAAAAUUAAUAAGCUUGAUUUACAAGAAAUUCCUUCGGAAUAUGCAAAGAAUUUGCAAAAGGAAUGGGAAAGUAGUAAGUGCAAAAGCAAACUAUUAGCUUUAUAAUUUUGUGAAAAUUAUAUACCUACCUAAUUAUACAUUAUAUAUAAAAUAUUUAAACAAAAAAUAGAAGUAGGAAAAAAACUAGAUUUGAGAGUCUAGCAAAAUGUUCCAGUUAAGAGAAAAAAUGUGUAGCACAAAGCUGAACAACGUAACACGCUAAAUAGUGAUUUAUAAAUCAAUGCAUUGAAUAUUUAUUCCUUUUAUGAAAAUAUAGUUGAAUUUUUAGUGUAGAUGUGCGCUAUGAUAUGCAAUCUACCUAUAUAUAUACACUAGCGAUUUAUAAAUAGGAAAAAAAGAACAAGGACACCUCUGAGGAUAUUUAUUUAUUUCAUAUCAAAUUCUUUUCAUUUUUUUUUUACCAAUAAAUUGUGAAAAAAAAGAACAAUAAAUCGUGAAUUAUAAAAGCAAUUUAUUGACAAGCAAUUAACUGUCUGCAAAGAAUUAUUUUUUGUGGAUUGAUCCAGCAGUGUGGGUGGCAGAGGAGGAACUUGGCAAAUGUUUACAAAUACUUCUGUCCUAUUUAUGUUAUUUGCCAUUCUAAGCUUAUUUCUCGGAAUCUGCAAAUUGUAAAUUCAAUAAAAAUAUCCUUUUGGAUCAACAUAUUUCCCAUUUCGGGUCGUUAGAUUCGAUUUUUUUUCUCUAAAAUUUCUUCAAACCUUCCUUAAAUUUUUCAAUCUAAUAAUUAGAGAAAAUAAUUUUUCCGAGUAAAUUCUUUCUGCUUUCUUUUUCUUCAUAUUCCCGAAUUAAGGCUCCAAGUUAAUAAAUCAAUUUUCUACAAUAAACUUUCUAAAAAAAAUGCCAUAUAAAAUAUUAAAUAUCAUUUUAAGAGAUUCUUUAAAGAUUAACGAUUGAAAAUUAUGGUGAAAAAAAUCUCAGAGGUGUUUAAAUCGUUUAAAUAGAAGUUUCUGCUGUGGAAAUUUUUAGAAGAAGAACAACAAAAAUGUGGUAAUUCGUUCAAUUAUCUUAAAUAGUUGGAGAUAGUAUGAAAAGAAUUAUACAUAUUUGGAUCCAGUUUAUUGACUGAAUAUAUCAGUGAAUAUAUUUAUAACAAAGAAACCAUAAAAAAAUGUUUAUUCAGAAUUUUUUGGAGAAAAUUUCAAACGAUAUUAUGAGGACCAAAGAUUAUGUAUAAACUGAAAGGUUCUUAUAUAAUAUACAUUAUAUAUAGCAGUAUACUAAAAUUUAGAUUGAAUGUAAUUCAAUUAGACGGUUUUGAGUCUAUUUGGAGACUUUUUUUAUUAGUCUUCAUUCAUUUCGCGAAUAAAAUAAAUCUAUUCGAUUACACAUUAAUUGAAAUUAAUUCACGCAGCAUUAUAUUAGUGAAAAAAAAGUGAAGAAAAUCAGUAUUUUGAAUUAACUAAAGACGAAAGUAAUUCUUCGGUAUUUCAUAAUUAAUAUUUAAUUUAUGUAAAGGAAAUUUUUUUAUCAGAUAAUUUUUGUCUAAUUAUCAUCAAAUAUAUUGCUGUGUAAUUCUAAUAGGACAAUUUAUAAAAGACAUGUUUAUGUAUAAAUUAAUAUUCAACUAGUUAAAGGCUUUAUGCUAUUACUGUACUUUUGUCUCAUCCUAAAUACCAUCAUAUUAUCCGGGUUCAUUAAAAAUUUAUCAAGCAUAUUGGACAAUGUAAUGGAAAUUAUGUUCAUAUCAAUAUUGUGUGCUUGAUUUUGAAGGGAAACUAAUUAAUAAAAUUACCUAUGAAAGCUCAUGAAUAAAUCAAUAUCCUCUACAAAAUAAUAUUAUAUUAAUCAUUUUUUGUGUCAUAUUAAAAAAAUAUAUUAUCAUGAAGGAAAUUUAUCAAAAUGCAAGGAAAACUUUUAAGAAAAAAGGGAAUUUUUACAUUUCUUUGUGCAAAUUUUAUUUUUAAAUUGAUCAAAAUAAAAAUCAAGCUUACAAUAAUGAAAAUUUUAGCAGUUUUAGCAAUAAAAAAAACAGGUCUUUGAAAAAUUUUGAAUGUAUACAACAUACACAAAAAGUGCUCAUCAGCGUCAAUGUGUAGAGCUGAAUUUAAUAAAUUAUUAUUGUCCAUUGCGGUUAUUGAAAGAAAAAUAGAGAGAGAAAAUUCACUAUAAUAGCGUGUAGUGAAGUUAGUCCAAAAGGAACGAGAAAAAAAAUGUUAUCUGCAAGAAGUAGUAGAAGUAAUAAAAAAAAGUUUAAAUGAAAAGCAAACAAAUCUCAA